UGUAGCGACUGGUUCCGUCUCCAGAAGCCACAAUUAGGGCUGUUAUGGGGUUCAGAUUGCCGCCUCCCCCUCUUCCCAUGUCUCCCUGUAAUUGGGGGCAGGCCACCAUGUCCCUGUGACUCUGCAAUUGGCUAGAAGUGAGUUUGGGUCCCCCUCGUGUAGUGGGAGUGGGGAGAGGAGACAGCCCGGCGGUCAGAGGGUCUCAUCAUUAGCCGUACACACAGACAGGGCACAGCAUCCUCCCCGCACUCCCCAGCACAGGACACCCUCUGCCAUGGCCGGCACAUGCCUUCAGUUUUUUGGCUUUGUCUCCAGCUUCAUCGGCUGGAUCGGAGUGGUAGUGGCCACCACGACCAAUGACUGGGUGCUGACCUGCGACUACAGCAUCAACACCUGCAGGAAGCUGGACGAACUUGGCUCCAGGGGGCUGUGGGCAGACUGCGUGAUCGCCAUAGGGCUGUACCACUGCAAACCCCUGGCUGACAUACUCACCCUGCCCGCUCACAUCCAGGCAGCCCGCGCCCUGAUGAUAACAGGUUCGUUCCUGGGACUUCCUGCUGUCUUCCUGCUGCUCUCCGCCAUGCCCUGCAUCCGAAUGGGCCAUGACCCUGGAACUGAGAAACACAAGCGCUUUCUGCUGGGUGGCGUGCUAAUCGUCAUUUUGGCACUGAGUACUGUCAUGGCCACCAUAUGGUUCCCAGUUUCUACUCACAAGGAGACUACGAUUGUGACUUUUGGAUACUCCCUGUACGCCGGAUGGAUAGGAGCGGCGUUCUGCUUGUUUGGAGGAAUUGUUAUUGUAUGCUGCUCAGGAGAAUCUCAAGCAUUCAUGGAAAACCACUUUUAUUAUUCUUCCCAGGGGUCUGGUUCCCCAACCCAUGCUAAGAGUGCCAAUGUGUAGGAUGGAGUGGUGAGGCAUGGCUGAUUUUCCUGAGCUCUCAGUACAACAUUGUUGGACUUUAGUAACAUGUGUGCCUUCAGUUAUAUCUGUGUAUGCUGGUCUGCAGUGUAAGUGGCAUACAACGGACAAUUUCACAUACAAUUCUUUAAUAUUCUUGGUGCUCGGCGUAAAAGAAUGAACAUUGGGAUGUCAUAGUACUUUUUAUUCUCUCCCUUAAUGUCAGCAUCACAUUCACUGUAUUCUGUUGUACAAUGAAUGGGUAAAGAUAACUUUUCUUCCGUUCCUGGCGCAGUUAUUUGUUCUACUAAAAUUUCAACUGACAUUUCCCAAACCCCCUUUAGUACUUUUUUGUCCAUUAUUUUAAGGGCACGGAUAAACAUUUUGUUAAUAAAAAUGGCUAAUGUGAAGAACAAGGCAGGAGUUGGGGAUUUGCUGAUGGAUUGUGUCAUUGAGUCACUUUUAUUAUAUACCAAUUAAUGUGGGCUCAUCAGUAACAUCAUUUGUGGCUGGUCAUGUCUAACGUAAACACCUGGAGAAGUUGCUCAUUGAUCUUGGUUCUGAGAAAUGGGUAGUGUGAUUGCCUAUAGCAGAAAUAUGGCAGUAUCUAAUUUUCUGUUCAUUGUGAUUCAGUCCUAAGGAUUCACAAUUUCUUUAGCAAACCUUUAUGUUUAAUAUAUGGGGUUUGUAGUGUUUGUUGCCUGCUGUCCAAUUUAAAUAAUUGUGUCCUCCAUCAAGUGAGGUGUGUACUGUAUGUAUGUAAAGCAAAUGUUGUUAUUUUGGCCAAGAUACAAACGGUUUCAGGAAUUGUAACAGAACAAAUAAAAUGUUAUUAAUUCUGCAACAGACCAUCUACAACACUAGACUUAUUUAUGUAAAUGGCCUUUCUACGCAAAUUGGAUCAUAAUUUAUCUAACACCAUAAAAGUGUAAAUUUGGCCUUUUCUCCCAUAGGUAUAUUUCCCAUAGCACAUUUACAAGUCAUAAGUUAAAUGUUCACUUUUGUAUACUACACUACUACUAUUUGCUCAUUAGUGAUUGAUAUUAACAUAUACAGGUUGAGUCUCCCUUAUCCAAAAUGCUUGGGACCAGAGGUAUUUUGGAUAUGGGAUUUUUCCGUAUUUUGGAAUAAUUGCAUACCAUAAUGAGAUAUCAUGGUGAUGGGACCUAAAUCUAAGCACAGAAUGCAUUUAUGUUACAUAUACACCUUAUACACACAGCCUGAAGGUCAUUUUAGACAAUAUUUUUUAUAACUUUGUGCAUUAAACAAAGUGUGUCUACAUUCACACAAUUCAUUUAUGUUUCAUAUACACCUUAUACACACAGCCUGAAGGUCAUUUAAUACAAUAUUUUUAAUAACUUUGUGUAUUAAACAAAGUUUGUGUACAUUGAGACAUCAAAAAACAAAAGUUUCACUAUCUCACUCUCACUCAAAAAAGUCCGUAUUUCGGAAUAUUCCGUAUUUCGGAAUAUAUGGAUAUGGGAUACUCAACCUGUAUAAAGGGCUGCGGCCCCUUUACAAUUAGGGUGCCUAGAUUUACAUGGUAUUAUCUCUGUAUUUUGUAAUCCCAUAAUAGUUCUGAACAACAUCUCCUAAUCCAGUGCUAAUGGCCUGUCGUUAACCCAUGUGUAAAUAAUACAGAUUGACCAAGCAAUACUGGUGACUCACUUGUGAUCCAGUAGAUCUGUUACAAUUGAUGUGCUAGCACUUUUUUAUUUCAUUUUUCCAUCUUCCCAACACAGAAUAGCAGUAUGUUUAGUACACGGAGUAAUUUAUUUGUUUUACGACUUACCUCAAAUCCAUGGUUCUGGUUCAUAUGUUUAGCUGUCUAAUAGAACCAAUAUAAUGCUGGCUUCCAUAAUGACGGACUAGAUGACAUUGUGCUAUGAUGGAACUGCAGGUCAUAUUAAGAGAUGACCCAUAAUUCUGAAGUAUAAGAGAAUUCAUGGCCUGUUACUAACCCACGAGACAAGGAUUUGGCUUUGACAAGUGAACAAUAAUGUUAUAGUAAUGCCAAGUUCAGUACUGUAAAUAAUACUAUGCAGUUUAUGUAAUAGGGUUGAGUUUUCAGAAGCAGCAUCUUUCCGGCGAUCUCGGAUGCAGAUUUAAAGCAUCAAUAAUGUAAAAGUUUUUAAAUUAAUGUCAGUUUAAAUGUGUAGCUGAGAUUGCUGCGAUCACGCUGCUUCUUUACUCUCAGACCCUAUAGCAUAACCCUUGUUUUUUAAAUGUUAGGUCUUUUUUUACAUUAUUAACUACUUGUAAAUGUACAAUAAUUGUAAUAAUGCAGCUUGAUAUGGAAUAAAGUACCUUGAACUUACA